ACUGAUGCGAACUGUGAAAGCCUGUUAUUAAGAAAGAAUGACUAACAUUCAGGGCUGUGACAAAGCAUGUGGCGUUGAUCUAGACUAGACCUUCAAAGCAAACCCAACCAGCCAGCCGCUAGCACAAUUGAGGGUUAACGCGUGAACAGAUUUCAACUCACACACUCAUUAUUUAAACACAUACACAAAACACACUGCUAAUUGGUACAUCAGCUUCUUGGAAAAAAGGCAUGGCCUCGAGUCAAACGAAACCGUUUUUCGCUAGGAGUACCGGCAGAUUGAAUUCUCUCUUGAGACUUUACGUUUCGAAAGUUUUUGUGUGUGUGCCAGAAGAUGAACUUUCGCAACUCAAUAUGACUCUGACUUUGGUUGUAAAUUCCGUCUAGACGUAUCAGCACGUACAAUGACACGGUGUGACAGAAAUAGAAGUCUAUCUAUCUGUAGUGCAACAUCUUUAUUUAGUGAGUAGAAAGAGAUUGAAACAUGUCUACGAAGUUUUUAAAACAUACUUUAGGCAUAUGCAAAAAGAUCAAACAGCAUCAGAAAUCACAUCUGAUUAUCAAGGCACUGGCAACCAUUGUUGCGUGUCUUAUAUUUCUGAUGUUUAUUCCUGCCUUCAGAAACCUAAUUCUUAUCGCAGUUUGGCCGAAGAUUUGGAGACAAGUUGGUACGAUUGAUAUCCUGAUGAUGGAGUUUACGACUCAAAGUCCUGAGAACGUUGUUGGUCAGAACUGUACAUCAACUGUCAAGCCCAGUCUAGAUCUCACACGACGAUUGCAUAGCAUUUAUAAACAUGAAAACGUCUCGGAAGAAAGACUGAGAUCUCCAGCUCACAGACAUUUCCUCCCAGCGAUGAGUUUUACAGAAAAACAAACCAUCCUUCAAAUUUAUGUGGUUCUAGCAGACAGUCUUCGCAGAUCCGGGGUGGAGUUCUUCCUGGAAUCAGGCUCCUUACUCGGCGCCCACCGCCACCAUGGCUUUAUACCUUGGGAUAAUGAUAUUGACAUAGAGAUACACGUCACCGACUGGAUGUCUGCCCGUGACGCACUCUCCUGUAUAGAAGGAUACGAAUUAAUAGUAGAUCCCAUCAUGCAUUGGAGGUUCAAUGAGCGCAAAUCUCGCUAUCCCUUCGUGGACAUUUUUUUCUACACAGGGAAUGACAAGUAUAUAUGGGCCAUUACAUGGUACGCAAGAAGAUCUUUGGUGGCCCUUAAAUCCGAAGUGUUCCCUCUCACCACUGGCAUAUUUGAAGGCAUUGAGGUUCCGGUACCUAAAGACACCGAGAUUAUACUGAGAAAACUGUUCGAUUAUGACUACUGUUUCUCUAGAAGUCCUAAGACUGGAAAAUAUCGUUCUGGGACUACCGUACAUUGUUCAUCAUUGUUGUAUAUAUACUCAAUGUUUCAUAUUAAUACCGAAGCAUAAAUGGGACCAACAAAAACUUUAUUGAAUUGAUAAUGAAAGAUAAUACUCGAGCUGUUUCGGGAUAUUUUAAACCAGGGUUGGCCAUCCUAUGGCGCAUGCGCCAAAAGUGGCGCAUUGCACAAUUUCAAGUGGCGCAUUUCACCCCAAGAAAAAAUGAUAAGAAAAAGCAAGCCUGUUAAAAAAUGAUAAUAACCGAUUUCUACAUAAAAAUAUAUGCCCCAGGAAUAUAAUUUACCAGCUAUUUUGACGCCCAAACUGACCGAAAUGUUUUUAGAAGUAAUUGUACCAAAAUUCACUGGGCACUUCGGUUUUAUGUGGCUAACAUCAAUCUCUGAAUUUGUAAGAUUCAUUGUUUUUCAUUAGCCUUGGACAUUUUUAAGUUACCUAUUUAGGCUUUUCGUUAUUUGAAGAAAACAAAUGAUGAUAAUUUCAAUAUUUUUAAAGAACUUAAUGGACUUUUAAGUCACUCUCAAGACAUCCAGACGGUCAGACGCAUUUGAAGAAGCAAAGUCACGUCUAGGAAAUCAUCAGAUACUGAGGCGAGAAAAUAUUUCAUCCUUGAAAAUGAUCAAAAACAAACCGCGGUCGUGUAAUAGACUCUUAAAAUUACAGAUUUGUUGAAAGCAGGGUAGAUUAAUGUUAUAAACUAGCCAGCACCACUGCCUGUAAAUGUUUGUUGUAAAAUGUUUCGGAUGUUCCUUCAGAGUUGAAGAUACUUUACUUCCUUGUCCAAACCCCCGCAAGACGACUGGAAGAUGGGAGCGGGCAGGGUUUGAGCCCGGGACCAUCGAUAAGCCCGAACGACAGUCCAGCGCGCAAAACGCACGACCAGGCAGCCAUCCCCUUAUCUACUUUACAUACACGUGUAUAACAAACCAAAUAUGUACAAAUGACCAUACUUAAAAGACUAAAACUUGUAAAAAUGGCGCAUCUGAAGCAGAAGGUUGGCCACCCCUGUUAUAAACUGUAUUCAGUUAUUCUCUAUUGAAUUCCAUUGCCAUUAACACCGAAGACAAAACAAUGGAAUAAUCCUUCCUAAGAAGAGGCGUCCAGAUUGGGCAGUCAAUGUCUCUCUAAUCAUCAUCAUCAUCAAACUCCAUUUGAGUGAGGGCUUGAGAGGCUCAAAUCCUCUCUUGCAAAGCCCUGAACAGAAACCCUGCUGUUUUGCGAAGUGCAUACAUGUCACCAUACAAGUCGAGAAUUUUUAGUUUUGGUCGAGACGGAGAUCUGCAAGUCUGGGGCAGUCAAAAAGAAUAUGAGACACGGUGUCCUCUUUCUCCUCGUCUCUAAUAGAAUACAUUAUGAAGUAGGAGUCUAGAGUUCUACAUCACAAAGGACAAAAAGUGUUUUGACAAAGUGGUCCACCUGGACUUCAUGCAUGACAAUCUUUACUGAGCAGGUGUGUAGGACUUCACCCUCUGAAAGACAGCAAGAACACUCUUUAUAGGUGCAUGCAGGGUCUUGAAGAUGUCUGUAAUAUUUGCUGUAGUUACUUUUAUGUCCGAGCAGAGCCGGCCUUAGGCAUAGGCAAACUAGGCACCCACCUAGUGAAAGUCAAAUUCAAAAUGAUGGACUGUAAUUCAUUCUAAACGAAGAUAAAAAGACAAUGCAUAACCUUUGAACACGAGAUUGUUUAGACUCAGUGGUCUUAGACGGUGGCGCUAUCAUCCCCUGGGGGGCGUUUUCGAGAUUUUUGGGGGCGCUGGGAGCCAAAGGAGCGGUAGGGGGCGCUGGGCACAAAAGGGGCGGUAAGGGGGCGCUGAGCAUAAAGGCGGAAAGAAGAAACAAACGGUGCAUUGAAACAAAACAAAUUUUAAAAUUCUUCAAAAUUAAAUCUGGCAAACUAAAUAUAGAAAAUUUUAGUUAGCUUGCUUCAAAUUUAAGAAUAGAAACAGCGUUAGAAAUUGAGUUCGGGAAUCCCAUUUUCUAUUUCUAAAUUCUCACUAUAUUGCUGUAAUCGGAGGGUAUCUAGUGUCCUUAGAUCUUGCGCGUAUAAACGUUUUAGGUUUGAUAAACAUUCUUUGAAAAUUGAUUAAAACUAAAGUUGUUUUUUUUUAAACAUAUUUUACACAAAAAGACUUUUUUUUUUCUGUUAGUGAUGAAAUAUUAUUUCAAAAUUGUCUAGUUAUGUAGCUUAUGAGGACAUAUAGGGAACCAUUAGUGGUUGGACGCUGCAAUUGCUUCAUAAGUAAUAUAGAAUAAAGAACAAAUCUAUUCACUAUUCACCUUGUGAGUUCUGAUACACAAGAAAAGUUUAGCCCGCAAUUUCAUUUCUAUUUGAAUCUAAUUAUAAAAUUGUAAAUAAAUUACAAACCCAUGACGAAAAUAAUAUCAUCUUUCAACAGUUUUGCGAAACAAAUGAUGAGCAACAUGUUAGUCUUAUUUAACUGAAGUUCACUGGAUUUCCAAACGGGUUUGUUAUUGCUCGUUUUGUUAAGCUCUGAAAUACACUUUUGAAUUAUUAUUUUUUUACAAACAGGAAGAUUCAACAGUUGGCGAUGACUUAAAGCUGGCUAAAAAAAAUUGUUUUACAUGCUAGGCAUCUAACGCAAAUAAAUGAAACGAACCUCCGACUGCUAGGAAAGAAAUGUACUUUCAUUGAUUAUAUCAUUUUUUCUUUUAUUGAGAUAUUAAAUCUAUUUUAAAGAGUUUUACAAUCUCACAUAACUUCUUUGUUGAUAAAGAAAAUCGCCUUAGGCAUGCGGUCGUCUCCCAUGCGGGAUAAGUGUUAUUGACAGCAUACAAAUUAAUAGAUAGAUGAUAUUUUGUUCGAAUUUGCCUUCUCACGCUUCUUUAUAACUGGUUUUCUUAGAGGGGAGGGGGGGGGCUCUGGCGGAUUUUUUUAAACAAAAAAAAAAAUACGAAAAGGAAGCGUCAGACCAAAAAAGGUUGAAGACCCCACUGUCAGACGGACAUAGGCUUAUUCUUACAAGGAAUGAAGUGGGAAGAGUCGCUUGAACUUGACUUGUCUUGGCUACCUAGAAGGGGGCUCGAGUUUCGACACCCGACUCGGGCAGAGUUGCGUUUACUGAGCGCCUAAAGGCAGCACGGAAAACCAACUCCCAGAUACCCCCUCCCCCCACUGGUCCACAAAUGAGAUUGGACCAAAGCGCUCUAAGCAUGCUAUAAGCAUGAAAGUAGCGCUAUAUAACAGCUAUAAUAAUAAUAAUAAUAAUGACAUGUUGACAUCUGAAAGUUCUGAAAGUUCUGCGUGAUUAUUGCGUAAUACUAACGCGCGAGGUUAUGAAAACACGUCCUCUCCCGUGCAUACUUUUGCAGUAAGAUUUUUUUUCAAAAAACAAAUUGGGGGAUAGGUUGGAGGUUGUAGGUUUACAUGCUGUGCAACUGGUGCAUUGGGGGAUAGGUUGGAGGUUGUAGGUUUACAUGCUGUGCAACUGGUGCAUUGGGGGAUAGGUUGGAGGUUCUAGGUUUACAUGCUGUGCAACUGGUGCAUUGGGGGAUAGGUUGGAGGUUGUAGGUUUACAUGCUGUGCAACUGGUGCAUUGGGGGAUAGGUUGGAGGUUCUAGGUUUACAUGCUGUGCAACUGGUGCAUUGGGGGAUAGGUUGGAGUUUGUAGGUUUACAUGCUGUGCAACUGGUGCAUUGGGGGAUAGGUUGGAGGUUUACAUGCUGUGCAACUGGUGCAUUGGGGGAUAGGUUGGAGGUUGGAGGUUUACAUGCUGUGCAACUGGUGCAUUGGGGGAUAGGUUGGAGGUUGGAGGUUUACAUGCUGUGCAACUGGUGCAUUGGGGGAUAGGUUGGAGGUUUACAUGCUGUGCAACUGGUGCAUUGGGGGAUAGGUUGGAGGUUGUAGGUUUACAUGCUGUGCAACUGGUGCAAGCCGAUCUUGUUGAAAUUCUAAAAUGGAAAAAGGAAGUGAAUUAGGCCACCUCAGGAGAGAAAGUCAAAUACAACGGGCAUCGAGCAACGUAUUUUUUUUAGACAUACUGUUAAAUAAACAUAAUGAAGUCAAUUAACCUAGUUUUAAAUGUCAUCAAAGAAAGUUAGAUGUAAUGGACAUAAGGUACUUUACCAGAUCCCAUGUUGACAUAUGUAGGUCACAAUAACCUAUGCAACAUCCUUAGCAUGUCUUAUUAACUGACAUAUGUUUCAUAAUCUAUUCUUAUUUAAUAUUACUUUGCCUACAGGCAACUUUAUCAUUGCUAAUUAUGCAUCCAGCAAUAUUAUCUUGAGAUAUAAAAGUAAAGUAAAGUUUCCAUUUCAGACCUUGUGCUCUAUAUGGCAGAUGAUGCAAAGGUCAUCUGUUUCUGUGGCCCACGGUUAACGAGGGUGUCAUGUGGCCAGCACAACGACAAACCGCCUUUACUUACACCUCAACUAAUGUCAGGUACCCAUUAGAACUGGGUGGACUCAGAGGCGCUCGGAGAUCCCGAAAUUAAAAAUCCCAGUCUUUUCCAGGAUUCGAACCCAGGUCCCCGGUACGGAAGCCAAGCGCUUUACCGCUCAGUGACCUCGCCUCAUAUAAGUAAGCUAUAAGCCAACCUAAUGCUUCGAAUUAGUGGGUCUACCGGUAUUCGAUUGUGAUUUAGUAUCGCUUUUAUUAUGUAGCCAUCAAAGACACAAUUGAAUGUUGUCAACCCUUGAUAACCAACCAAUUUCUACUUGGGGAGGGGGUGGGUCAUAUACAUUUUCAAUACAAGUGUAACAAAAUAAAAUAACCUCGUAUUAAAUGGAAGUGGGCCUCUGAUGCUUCUAGAUGCAGAAGUUUCCAAAAGCCGGAUAGCACAUCGAUGCCAGGGUUGUAUUGAAGGCUUGGUUCGUGUUCCCGGUCUUCUAGACGGUUGUUGACUUGUAGCUCUAAAAUACUGGUUAGUAACCAAACCGCUGUAGGCGUAUUGUAUUUUAACUUGUAGCUCUAAAAUACUGGUUAGUAACCAAACCGCUGUAGGCGUAUUGUAUUUUAACUUGUAAGCUUUAAAAUAACUUGAAAAACCUCUUUAUAAACAAUACUAGAUUUAACUUUUAUUACAAUAUAGGCCAAUUUUAACUUGAGAUGCAAUGAAAUAAAUGUAGUAGACUUUAGUAAUAAUAUAAAAAUAGUAUUUAGAACAAAAUAUAACUCACUAAAAAACACGUCUUUUCACUCUGGCCUUCUGGAGUCGUCUGUUCUACCCAAAAAUUAAAAAAAAUACUUUAAAACACAAAGCUCAAAUGAAGUUUAAUUUAUCAAUUAGUUUGAAUCAGUCAUGUAAUUAAAUUUGUAAUAGACCUAGACUAACAAUAUUAAAUCUGUGCGAUUCGAAAUAUUUUACCAAUGGUUUUUCUUUAGCUCAUGUUCAUGCUUUUAUCUGUUUCAAUACGUUGUGAGCCUAUCUUUUUUCGAUACACGUUGGGAAAAGGAGGGUGGGGUGGCGGAGAAGAAAGAAGAGAAAUAAGGGUGAAGGUUACCGUCAUACCUUUUUAAAAGCAAUUUAUAAAAACAAAAAGUUGUAUAACUGGAAUUCGAACUCGAGUUUAUACUGUGCCAGUCAAGGGCUUAUGAAAAUGGAAGGUUUAAUAUUUAUUAAUUGCUAGUUUUCAACUUAUAAGAGACGGUAUAAUUCUCUACACAGGGUAUAAGCGGGACUAAUUCAACUUAUACCACCACAUCUGUCAAGUACCAGUUCUUUCCCUUGUUAGAUACCAAAUAAUUAAUUGAUAAUUUUUUUUUAUAUUGAUUGAUGUGUUGUCAUCUACAAUGUAUAAUUGUGUACAGUUUCAACUUGACAGAUGGAGAAAUAACGUGUACAAAAAUUGUUCCAAACAGACAGAGUGAGCUGAUAAAUGCUUUGUACAAAAUACUGCAAUGUCAUUUUCCAUUCAGGUGAUAAACAGGACCACGGCACAUGAUUUUCACGAUUCCUGCAUUAUGAAAGAAGCGAAAUAGAAGCAUAGGGGCGCGGUGGCUAAGUGGUUAAGCGCUUGUCUUCCGAACCUGGGGUCCUGGGUUCGAAUCUCAGUGAAGACUGGGAUUUUGAAUUUCGGGAUUUUUAGGGUGCCCUUGAGUCCACCCAACUCUAAUGGGUAAAUGGCUUUAGUUAAGGAAAGUAAAGGCGGUUGGUCGUUAUGCUGGCCACAUAACACCCUGCUUGUUAACCGUUGGCCAAAGAAACAGAUGAUCUUAACAUCAUCUGCCCCACAGAUCGCAAGAUCUGAAAGGGAAACUUUGUUUUUUUUUACUAAAAUAUGAGCAUGGUUAUUCAUAGCUUGUAAUUCAUUCUUUCUGAUACACACACAUUUAAAAAACAACAUUGUGCUCAUUCUAAGGUACAAUUUGGCUUUAUAUUAAUAGAUACUUUAAUGCAAGUGACAUUUUCAUGUUUCAAUAACGAAAAGCGCUAUUGUCAUGGAAUUUCAACCUCAGGUUCGCAGUGCUAACAAAUAUCGAAACAUGUCCUUUGAAUAGCAUAGCUUAGCAACCAAGGGACCACAAAGAUCACCUUCGAGUUUAAGUCAACCAUUACUCACCAUUAUUUGAUUUUUAGUUAAUUCAUGUACAGACUGUUGAUCAUUACUGUUAGUUGUAGUCAUAAUAUUUUAGUUUAUACUGUGCAACUUUUAAGUAGCACCCUAGCAUCUAAUGUAAAAGAUAAGGACUUUUACAAUAUGUAUAAAUUUUGCAAUGAGAAAUGAGACACCAUUA